AUAAUUUCAUGAAAUCCCAAAAAUCCUAAUUUCUCUAUCCUUUCUCUCUCUCCCGCCGUCCUCGGAGGCUCGCAGGCGCCGCAGUCGGAGUGCUUGCUCGGGGGCCGGGUCGGUGACUCGGGGGCAUCACGAUCGGAGUUUCAGGAGCUGCGGCGAGGGACAACGCCGGCGAGGGUUGGCUGUUGGAGCCAUCAAGCGGCGACCGUCAUUCCUCCGGCGCUGCCAGUGCUGUGAAUCACCUCGUCAUUAAGGUAUGGAGCAGUGGUUACAACAUUUCAAGGAGUUGGCACACCAAUUUGAGCAGUGGAUUCAUGAACAACCAAAAGAGCAGCUUUAUGCAGCUAUUGUUGUUGUCGUACUAACAUUCCUUAUUUUUAUCAUCUAUCGUAUGUUAAACCAUGGGCAACGUAAUACUAUUGUGCUUACAGGGCUAAGUGGUGGGGGCAAAACAAUUCUUUUCUACCAGCUGCGUGAUGGCACUCCUCAUCAAGGCACUGUGACAUCGAUGGAGCCAAAUAGUGGUACUUUUGUACUGCAUUCUGAGCUGGAGAAGAAGGGCAAGUUCAAACCUAUCCAUCUGGUUGAUGUACCUGGGCAUUCCCGGCUAAGACCAAUUCUGGAUGAUUUCUUGGCUCAAGCAGCGGGGAUUAUAUUUGUGGUGGAUGCAGUGGAGUUCCUGCCAAAUUGCCGGGCUGCUGCAGAGUAUCUGUAUGAUAUUUUGACCAAGUCAACUGUCGUGAAGAGGAAAGUACCUGUUCUGAUAUUGUGCAACAAGACUGACAAAAUUACAGCACACUCCAAAGAAUUUAUCCGGAAACAAUUGGAGAAGGAAAUUGACAAGCUCCGAACAACAAGAACUGCUGUAUCUAGUGCUGAUGUGACAAAUGAAUACACACUUGGGGUACCGUCCGAGGUGUUUACAUUCUCCCAAUGCCAUAACAAGGUGGCUGUUGCUGACGCGUCGGGCCUUGCAGGCGAAGUGUCUCAGGUUGAACAAUUCAUUAGAGAGCAAGUGAAGCCCUAGAGAGCUUAACUGAUCUGCCCUCAACAAUGAGAAGUCAAGGAGCAGCUUCAGAUAAACAAAAUCUGAAUUUUUUGUUUUUCAUUUUCUUUCUGUGUGUGAUUAAAAAGGCAAAACCUGGAGGCUGUAUUUUAUUUUAUUUUCUUUUUUGGCCUUUAAACUGAAUUGAUUAAUGUUAGGAGAUAUUUGUUUGAUGGCAA